AUUUGUAGUGCUUGUCUAUCGCAGUGAUGUCGGCAUUGCUUUUCCUUACAGCAGCAGUAGUUUCAUUUUAUAUCAUAGUAUACUACACUGUGUUCAGUGGAACGAGAUGCUCCAGUUCAGUGAAGCUGAAGGGGAAGACGGUCAUUGUUACAGGAAGCAACACUGGCAUUGGCAAGGCCACUGCUCUGGACCUGGCAAAGAGAGGAGCCAGGGUGAUCCUAGCCUGCCGCAACAAGGAGAAAGCUGAGGCUGCUGCUUUUGAUAUCCGCAGAGAGAGUGGGAACAAUCAGGUGGUGUUCAUGCAUUUGGACCUUGCGAGUCUAAAAUCUGUGCGCAGUUUUGCCGAAACCUUCCUGAAGACCGAACCCAGACUGGACAUCCUCAUCAACAAUGCAGGUGUGAUGGGUCCAGGAUGUACUGAAGAUGGCUUUGAUAUGGCAUUUGGGGUGAACCAUCUUGGUCAUUUCCUACUAACCACCCUUCUCCGGGAGCGACUGCAGCAGUGUGGUCCCAGCCGUGUGGUCACCGUCGCUGCACUUCUGCAUUGCUUUGGAAACAUCGAUUUCCCUCUACUGACUUCCAAGAAAGAUUUGGUAUUGAAUCAGUCUACCUGGCACAACUUUCAAGCCUACUGCAACAGCAAGCUUUGUAAUGUGCUCUUCACCAGGGAGCUAGCCAACAUGCUGGAAGACACCAGUAUCAGCUAUAGUCUGCACCCAGGAGUCAUUUACACUGAACUGGGUCGCAGUUUGAGCCUGUGGCAGCAGCUCCUCAUGAUGCCUUUUGCCAAGUUCUUCUUCAUGGACCCUGAAGUGGGGUCCCAGACCACCCUAUACUGUGCACUACAGGAGGGCAUUGAGCCUCUCAGUGGACGCUACUUCUCGAACUGUACAGUUCAACAAGUGGGAGCCAAGGGACGAGAUGAUGCCCUGGCAAGGAAGCUGUGGGAGGUGAGUGAGAGGUUAACCAGUUUAUCAUAACAAAGUGAAUCCUAACCCAGAAGCUCCAAAGACUGUCUGAACACUGGACCUAAACAGGCCUCCGGUGUUGACUGUUGGUCUUUGUUUCUUUAAGGACUGGUGUCUUAUGUAUGCUGUAGUGGAUCUUUUGAAUAAUCCUAUUAUCUUUUGACAAUUGUAAGAUGCAGCAGUGCAAUGUUGCAUAUUUGCUAUUAUUUACAUAGUCUUAUUGUACAUUUACAAUGUAUAUGCUAUUAUUUUCUUCAGCCAUAUACAAGGGAAUUCUGUGAUACAACCAAGUGAUAUACUGUAUCUGGACAAUUUACAUUAUAUGCAUAUUCUCUGUAUACUCGCAUGCAUUCAUAUCACUGCUAAGUGAAAAGAAAUUUAAAAGACACAUUACAAACUAAAACAACCCCAACUAAAAAAAAACUGUCAUUGUCCAUAAUAAAGUAACUAAUUACAAAAAACUAUUUUUCAGGUUCACUGGUUUUUGUGAUUGGAGAUGUUCUUCAUGUUCUUAUGUAGAGAAAUAUUGAGGUGCCCAUUGUGUUGCACCUGUGCUAAAUAACCAUGUGUCAUUCACAGAUUUAUGAUCUGCUAUGUAGCUUAAUGCUUUUGUCUGUAACAUAUUUGGCAGUUUUUCACAGAAGGGUGAUGGCAGCUGUGCUUAUACCACAAAUGUAGCCACUUAAAAUGUGUCACUCAAACUAUUAGAUCCAUGUUUCAUUUGUUGUGUCACAUAAAAAUCAGAAUUUGAUUUUUUCCAUGUUUUUGUCUGAGUUGGGCAAUCAAAAAAAGUCUUAUUUCUGUUUUUCUGUAAUUUUUGUGCACCGCUGGCCACUGCCAAGUGCAUGCACAGACUGAACACCAAUGCACAUCAUGGAAAACCACUGAAUCAAAUGGAAAUAUUUUUUCAAUCAAUAGUGAUGGUAAUUUUAAGGGGUCUGAAAAGGAAAACAGAAAAAGUGCUGUACAUGGUCUGAGAUCUUAUUCAUAUCUGACAUUUGACCAUAUGGCUGCUGUCAGAACAGACAGCACAUUUUAGUUUUUUUUAAACAUCUCACUUCUCUGCGCAUGUGCAUAUUGCUUGUUGUCACACCCAGUCCUCUCACAGCCUGGUAAAUGGUUUUAUAUUUGUAUAGCGUCUUUCUAUGCUUCACAGCUCACUCAAAGCGCUUUCACACUAUUUGGCCAUUCACCCAUUUGCACUC